UGGCGUGACAGCGGCUGGGGUGAGGCCCGCGUCGCGGCGGUGGCUGCUCGAGGGGGACCGUGUCUGUGGGAAGCGCCGCGGCGAUGGCCGUGGACACUCUGUCGCCGGACUGGGAGUUCGACCGCGUGGACGACGGCUCUCAGAAAAUUCAUGCUGAAGUCCAGCUUAAGAAUUACGGGAAAUUUCUUGAGGAGUAUACAUCUCAGUUGAGAAGAAUUGAAGAUGCCCUGGAUGAUUUGAUUGGAGAUGUUUGGGAUUUCAAUCUUGAUCCUAUAGCAUUAAAGCUUCUGCCAUAUGAACAGUCUUCCCUUUUGGAACUCAUAAAGACUGAAAACAAGGUCUUAAAUAAAGUCAUCACUGUUUAUGCUGCGCUUUGUUGUGAGAUCAAGAAGUUAAAAUAUGAGGCUGACACUAAGUUUUACAAUGGUCUUUUGUUUUAUGGUGAAGGAGCUACAGAUUCCAGCAUGGUGGAAGGUGACUGCCAAAUUCAAAUGGGGAGAUUCGUUUCAUUCUUACAGGAACUGUCCUGCUUUGUCACAAGAUGCUAUGAAGUGGUGAUGAAUGUCAUUCAUCAGUUGGCUGCCCUGUAUAUCAGCAACAAGACAGGACCCAAAAUUAUAGAGACAACUGGAGUUCAUUUUCAGACUAUGUAUGAGCACUUGGGAGAACUGUUAACAGUUUUACUUACCCUGGAUGAAAUUAUUGAUAAUCAUAUCACAUUGAAAGACCAUUGGACUAUGUACAAAAGGUUACUGAAAUCAGUCCAUCAUAAUCCUUCGAAAUUUGGGAUUCAGGAAGAAAAAUUAAAGCCAUUUGAAAGGUUUUUGCUGAAGCUGGAAGGGCAGCUACUUGAUGGAAUGAUAUUUCAGGCCUGUAUUGAGCAGCAGUUUGAUUCUCUCAAUGGAGGAAUAUCUGUGUCAAAAAACAGCACCUUUGCAGAAGAAUUUGCACAUAGCAUUCGCUCAAUUUUUGCAAAUGUGGAAGCCAAACUAGGUGAACCUUCUGAAAUUGACCAGAGAGACAAGUAUGUUGGAAUUUGUGGGCUCUUUGUACUGCAUUUUCAGAUUUUUCGAACUGUUGAUAAGAAGCUUUAUAAGUCGUUAUUAGACAUUUGUAAGAAGGUGCCAGCCAUCACUUUAACUGCCAAUAUUAUUUGGUUUCCUGAUAAUUUUCUGAUUCAUAAAAUGCCAGCAGCUGCCAAACUUCUAGACAGAAAAAGUCUUCAAGCCAUUAAAAUACACAGGGACACCUUCCUACAACAGAAAGCCCAGUCACUUACCAAGGAUGUGCAGUCUUACUAUGUCUUUGUGAGCUCAUGGAUGAUGAAGAUGGAGGCUCUGUUAUCUAAAGAACAGAGGAUGGAUAAGUUUGCUGAAGACCUCACCAACAGAUGUAAUGUUUUCAUACAGGGCUUCUUAUAUGCGUAUAGUAUCAGUACUAUUAUUAAAACUACAAUGAAUCUCUACAUGUCCAUGCAGAAGCCUAUGACCAAAACCUCAGUGAAGGCGUUGUGCAGGCUCAUCGAACUUCUUAAGGCAAUAGAGCAUAUGUUCCACAGGAGAAGCAUGGUUGUGGCGGACUCAGUGUCACACAUAACUCAGCACCUUCAGCAUCAGGCUCUCAACUCCAUCUCUGUAGCUAAGAAAAGAGUAAUUUCAGACAAAAAAUAUAGUGAACAGCGUCUUGAUGUGCUGUCUGCUCUUGUUUUGGCUGAAAACACCCUGAAUGGACCAAGCACAAAGCAACGGCGACUUAUUGUUUCUUUGGCAUUGAGUGUUGGCACACAAAUGAAAACAUUUAAAGACGAAGAGCUCCUUCCCCUUCAAGUAGUCAUGAAAAAGCUGGAUCUUAUCAGUGAGCUUAGAGAACGAGUCCAAACACAGUGUGACUGUUGUUUUUUAUACUGGCAUCGAGCUGUCUUCCCAAUUUAUUUAGAUGAUGUCUAUGAAAAUGCUGUUGAUGCAGCUAGAUUACAUUACAUGUUCAGUGCUUUACGAGACUGUGUGCCUGCCAUGAUGCACUCACGGCAUUUAGAGUCCCAUGAGCUGCUUCUGGACUGCUAUGACAAGGAGAUCAUGGACAUUCUAAACGAGCAUUUGCUGGAUAAGCUGUGCAAAGAAAUUGAGAAGGACCUGCGGCUUUCUGUGCACACUCACCUGAAGCUGGACGACAGGAACCCCUUCAAAGUCGGCAGGAAAGACUUGGCGCUCUUCUUCUCUCUGAACCCGAUUCGGUUUUUCAAUCGAUUCAUUGACAUCCGAGCUUAUGUAACUCACUAUCUGGAUAAGACUUUCUACAAUCUCACAACAGUAGCUCUUCAUGAUUGGGCCACUUACAGCGAAAUGAGAAACUUGGCUACGCAGCGUUACGGGUUGGUUAUGACAGAGGCACAUCUUCCUAGUCAGACUUUGGAGCAGGGACUUGAUGUUCUGGAAAUUAUGAGAAACAUUCACAUAUUUGUCUCGCGAUACCUCUAUAAUCUCAAUAAUCAGAUUUUUAUUGAACGGACAAGCAACAACAAACAUUUGAAUACUAUUAAUAUUCGACAUAUUGCUAAUUCAAUCCGAACACAUGGGACAGGAAUCAUGAAUACAACAGUUAAUUUUACCUACCAGUUUUUGAAAAAGAAGUUCUAUAUAUUUAGCCAGUUUAUGUAUGAUGAACAUAUUAAAUCCAGACUGAUUAAAGAUAUUCGGUUUUUCAGGGAGAUCAAGGACCAAAAUGACCACAAGUAUCCUUUUGAUAGAGCAGAAAAAUUCAAUCGAGGCAUAAGAAAACUUGGAAUCACACCAGAGGGACAGAGCUACCUUGACCAGUUCAGGCAGCUUAUCAGCCAGAUUGGUAAUGCUAUGGGCUAUAUACGCAUGAUAAGAUCUGGUGGUCUUCAUUGUAGCAGCAAUGCCAUUAGGUUUGUGCCGGACCUUGAAGACAUUGUGAGUUUUGAAGAGCUGGUGAAGGAAGAAGGGCUUGCAGAAGAAACACUUAGGGCAGCCAGGCAUUUAGACUCAGUUCUUAGUGAUCAUACACGAAAUUCUGCUGAAGGCACGGAAUAUUUCAAAAUGCUCGUGGAUGUUUUUGCUCCUGAGUUUCGAAGGCCAAAGAAUAUACAUCUCCGCAACUUCUACGUCAUCGUCCCUCCUCUCACUCUCAACUUUGUAGAACAUUCUAUAAGUUGCAAAGAGAAAUUGAAUAAAAAAAACAAGAUAGGAGCUGCAUUUACUGAUGAUGGUUUUGCCAUGGGUGUGGCUUAUACCCUAAAGCUUUUGGAUCAGUACCAGGAGUUUGAUUCACUUCAUUGGUUCCAGUCUGUUAGAGAAAAGUACAUAAAGGAGAUAAGAGCAGUGGCUAAGCAGCAGAGUGUGCAGUCAACUAGUCAAGAUGAAAAACUGCUACAAACCAUGAACCUCACUCAGAAGCGCCUGGAGGUCUAUCUACAGGAAUUUGAAUUGCUAUAUUUUUCACUGAGUAGUGCAAGAAUUUUCUUCAGAGCAGACAAGACUGCGGCUGAAGAGAACCAAGAAAAGAAAGAGAAGGAAGAAGAAACUAAAACAAGCAGUGGAGAUGUACCCGAGAGCACUGCGUCUACAGAUCCUGUUGUGAAAUGAUGGUAUGAAGUCGUCAGAAUGGUCACGAGACUUUUCCACUGACACGGAUGCUAUAAACUGCUUGAUAACCUGUCAUUUCCUAGGUCGCAUCUGUGGGAACUCUGUAUGGCAGUUCUCUAGAGUCAAAGCCCACUUUAUUUCCGAUGCUAGUUUUCCAAGGGCUGAGAAGCAGAUAGUAAGAUUGGAUUUGGAGUGUAGGCUGAAGGUGCUUCUGAGAAGCUCUGACAUGAAGCUGCCGAAGGACAGGUCCAGACCCCUAACCCAUUCCCUCCCAUCUCCUG